CACUAUAAAGCCUCCAUGGGGACCUGGACUGAGCACAAGCACCAACAGCAAGAGACUGAGAAGAACACCAUGAAGACCUUUCUGCUCCUGACUUCCCUCCUGGCGGUGGCACCUGUAAGCCAGGCUGCAGAAGUGAAGCUCACUCUGGGUGAGGGAUUUGAAAAAGCACUUUUGGAUCUGGCCUCAGGGGGGCAGCAGAAACGUGAAGAAGGCUUUGCGGAUGACAGCGAUGAAAGCCAGGUGAAGAGAGAGUUGGGCUUUGCAGAUGACAGCGAUGAAAGCCAGGGGGAGAAGAGAGAGUUGGGCUUUGCGGAUGACAGCAAUGAAAGCCAGGGGGAGAAGAGAGAGUUGGAUGAAAGUGAUUUCCUGGGGGGAGGGGGUGAACUGGAUGGACUGGUGGAUGAUCUAGAACAGAAGCGUGAAAUGGGCUUCGCAGAUGACAGCGAUGAAAGCCAGGGGGGGAAGAGAGAGUUGGGCUUUGCAGAUGACAGCGAUGAAAGCCAGGGGGAGAAGAAAGAGUUGGGCUUUGCGGAUGACAGCGAUGAAAGACAAGGGGAGAAGAGAGAGUUGGGCUUUGCGGAUGACAGCGAUGAAAGACAAGGGGAGAAGAGAGAGUUGGGCUUUGCGGAUGACAGCAAUGAAAGCCAGGGGGAGAAGAGAGAGUUGGAUGAAAGUGAUUUCCUGGGGGGAGGGGGUGAACUGGAUGGACUGGUGGAUGAUCUAGAACAGAAGCGUGAAAUGGGCUUCGCAGAUGACAGCGAUGAAAGCCAGGGGGGGAAGAGAGAGUUGGCAGGGAGCGAGAAUAAAGGCCUACAAGGAAAGCGCUGGCUUGGAUGCAGAAACGGUUACAGAUCCACCACCUGCUAUUAUACUCAAUCUUGCCAGCAUUAUCAUUACCGCCGCUGCACCGGUGGCAGUUUUCCUUCUUGCUCAAAUCAACUGCGUUUGCGCUGUUUAAUGGUUAAAAGACGCUGCGUGAGGAGGAGGAGAUGCCGUAACAACUACUAUUACAGAUACAGACCAUGCUACCGCUGCACUUACCGUCGCUGGUGGAAGAAUAUGUAAAAGAGGGCCCUGAGAUCACUAGGCAGUGACUCCCUCAAUGCUUUACAUGGAUACAUGCAGCAUUCCACAUCCCUGCAGCCCUGCAACGCACUGCGCUUCCUGCAAUAACAACAGCAAAGAUUUUAAAUGCUUAAAUAGUUGAUGUGCAGAGUAACACCUUGCAAUACUAUGUUCCAUACAUAAUGUUUAAUACUGUUUAAAAUAGAUCUGCAGCUGAUGACUGCUCUGUAAAUCAAUGCAUAGUACGAUUAGCCAAAAUGUUUCUCUACUUCACUUAUUACAUAGUAAUCAAAUGCAUUAAAAUAACUUUGAAAUAUAAAAUUAUAAACAGUACAAACAUCUUAUACCCAUCACUCAUUCUUUUGUGCAUCAACUAGUAAAGUUUUUGUUUUAAAUCUUGUAAAAUAAACCUUUCUUUCUUUAAAGUGCUGCCAGGAUGGCAAUGCUUUCCAAAGCUUCUGCUCAAAAUGCUAAAAUAAAGACUUAUGCAAGCAUCAAA